CACAUACACACACGCACACAGAUAUCUAACGACAUCUACCAUUGGUUAACUACAAUUCCAACAACCAAUCAACACUAAUGUUUCUCUUCAUACACUGCACAAGCGUCCUCAUCUAGGUUCUAAGCCGAAGCUGACGUGUUGCAUAUGCAAUGAGUAAUCUCACUGAUAAUCGUGGCCCUUCUCAUGAUAAAGAUAACAAAGGCCCAAAUAAUAUAAAACGUAAUUUCCCGAUGGAAAACCGAGGCCGUCGACCAAAUGAUGGCAACAAUUCAGACAGAGGUGUGAUGAACUUUGGAAGGCCUGGAUAUCGAGGAACACGCAUAUAUGUUGGGAAUUUACCACCUAAUUUGCAUAGCUCUGUACUAAGAGAGAAAUUUGGAAAAUAUGGAAAAAUAACAUCAAUUGAAAGUUAUCAUAAUUGUGCCUUCAUUCAGUUUGAGAAAGAAGAGGAUGCAAAGGCAGCAAUAUCUGCGGAGAUGUUCUGUAUGAUAAAAGGACAGAUAAUAAAUGUAAAUCUGGCUGUUGAAAGUCAAUCUUCUGAUUCAAGUGGUAGAAAUGAAAGGUUUAAUAUGCGAGAUAAAGAGCCUUGGGGAAAUCCAGGCAUGCCAAAUCGGGAUCGAUCUCCUCUUCGUGAACCAUUCAACAGAGCUGGACCUUCAGGCAAGAAUGGAGCUGAAAUGGAGAACAGGGAGUUCUUUGAUAAUUCUAAUAAAUGGAAUGGCCCACCAAACAUUAACCAGCGUUUACAACAACAACCACCAGCACAGCAGCAGCAACAGCCACCACAACAAGGACCAAUGGGAAAUCAAUAUUAUGAUGAAUAUCGAGAUAAUCGUUCGAGACCUGAUUCUUUUGACAGGGAAGCUAACAACUGGACCCGUCCUCCUUUUAAUGACAAUCCUCCUUAUUCCAAUAAUGCUCCACCACAAAGACCAACAUUUGAUGCUUCUUUAUUGAUUACAAGUCCACAGCUGAGAGACUAUGCUGAUCAUUUAAAAAGAAGAUUGGAAAAUUUCAACAUGAGUGCUGAGAUCUGUGUAAUUCCUGAGGAUUCUCCUCAAAUGAAUUUUGUGGAAGAAAAAGCUCGACAAGGAGUAUUAUAUGUCAUUAUCAUAUGUCCACAAAAUGAAGUUUAUAAUUCAUUAACCUUGCAUAUAUUUCCAGGUACUCCACAAGAGCACAGAAAUAUGCCAUUAGCUGAUGCUAUGAAUCUUGUAGCACGCAACUUUGAACGUUAUCUCCAACAAAUGAAAGAGGAAAGCAAUUCUUCAAAACCUGCACCAACUCAAGUAUUUGAUCCACCUUCAUUUGAGAUCAGAUAUUUGUUAGAUCUAUUAGCUGAUAGCCGCCAUCUCUCAAUUGAAGAAUUGGAUAAAGUGUUGCUGUAUGUCUCUAACCGAAAGAAGAAGAUGAUGGAGAUGAACAUGCAAUCUGCUUCCUCAGAAGAUGUGAAGGCCUCUUCCAAUUCUGCUUUAAUUGCAUUACCCUAGAACAGUGGAAAAUUGCCAGUGUUGUUAUUCUGUUCAAAAAAGAAAACAGAUGGAUGCGUAUGUAGUGCAAGAACUCAUGUAUGGCAUUAACUUGAUGCAGGAGACACUGCAGAAUUUGACGAAAAACCAUUCUGAAGGAUAUGGAGAAACCAUGUCUCCCUUUACCCAGCAUCUCAUGUGACAUCAUUUUCAGAAACAUUCAUUAUUAUAUAUAUAUAUAAAAAAAAAUUCUUUUAUUUUCCAUUGGCAUCUUUGUUAGAUGAUUCCUGUCAUUUCUGUGUAUUGAUCACCUCUUUAGGACAUUUUUGUUGUAAGAACUGUUUCCUGUCCAACUUAUUGGUUUUACUGAAAAGUUUAAAGACACUUAAAUCAAUAGGAUAAUGAGAGAAUAUCAACUGUUCAUGUAGCCAUCCAUAUCUUCUGUGGUAUUUUGUUUUAAAAAAAAAAACCUGGAAAAUUUCAUCACAUUAAACUCUUUUUGAUACAGACGUUUUCUCAACAUCCUGUUACUAUUGUUAUCAAACAUGAUAUCAAUCUGGUACCACUUCCAAUAACUCUAGAAUUACCAUCCCCUGUCCUUUCUGCAGAGCAAAAGGUGGCUGUGGGUUUUUUAUUAGUCUUUCACAAUGUAUUACCACGAUUGCAAUUUCAGGUAUGAUGUUAACACUCAAAUGGGAGUUUUUGAGUUUACAGGUUUAUUCAGUUUUUAUUUUGCUGUCUUGUCUAACAAAGCUUUUGAGUAGUUCUGAUAUAUCGUUAUCAAAUUAUCUCACAGAAUACACUUGAUGUCGGAGCACAAAUGAUGUAUCCUCCAAAUCUUAAAUUUUAUUGUUCUAUAGUGAAUAAAAGUUUGGGAGGUGUUAUUAUUCUUGAUAAAACUCCAAUAAACAAUUGGUGACUUUAAAACAACCCUUCUCUAACACUGUCUCCUCUACCAUCAUUUACUUCGAUUCCCAUUGUUUUCAAUUAUUCACUGCUUUAAUUCAUCUAAAAGUAAUUCUUAAUUUUAGAAACAAAACAAAAUUUGAAUUCCAUUCAUCUAAACAUUCGAAUUAGUCUCCAGCGUCGUCAGUGUAAUGUUAUAUAGAUGUUUAGUGUUACCUCAUUCACCAACUACAAUUUGUCAGAAAGGAAAAAAACAUUGCUUUCUUCUCUUUAAUCAACAACAAAUAUUUCAUCAUUGUAACAUCUAACAGAAUUUCAACAUCCCAACAUUACUUAUCUUCAUUUUUUAUCCAUUAUAUUUAACCUAAAAACAUUGUUUCUUGAUUUCAAAUUCAUGUUUCUCAAUAAAAAGGUGGUCAUACAUUU